AUCACUCUUACAUGUGGGACACGCUCCAGUGGCUUGAGAGUGAUGAGGAUGAUUGCAGACAAAACUACUGAGGAAUGUAAGCGUGGCUGGGGAAUCCCCAGAGAAUCUUCCUGCAACAUUGAAGAUGCUUACCCAACUGACACCGGCGAAUACUGGUGUGAAUCUGAACAAGGAGAACGAAGCAACAAAGUCAAUCUCACUGUUACUGAUAAAACCGUGAUCCUUGAGAGUCCUUCAUAUCCUGUCUUUGAGGGACAAAAUGUGACACUUGGUUGUUCCUACAAAGAACCAUAUGGCAAAUCCACGUCAGACUUUGAUGCUGAGUUUUACAGAGAUGAUGUCUUCAUUGGGAGAGAGAAACCAGGGAAAAUGAUCAUAGAAGCAAAGGAAGGUUUCUACAAGUGUCGCCAUCCUUUUAAAGGAGAGUCACUGAAGAGCUGGCUGGAAGUGAGAGCUAGAGUUCCCCAAGCAGAAGUUUCUCCUCCUUCUCCUCCUUCUCCUCUUUCUCCUCCUCCUGGUCCCGAUGUUCCUUGGAUCAGAGUGAUUAGUUUCAUUCUGCUCUUCAUCCUCUACACCAUCAUACUAAUCUUGUGUGUUUACACAUACCGUAAAUGGGCUCGAGCCAAGACUGAUAUGAAAAGGAGAAUUGAUGAUCAUGUUUUGGUGAACUGAAGACAAAGAAGACAAAAAUAUUGAUCAUCUGUUUAUUGAAGCAAAAUGAAAAAUAAGACGAACAAUAUUAAAAAUACAGAGGAAUGUGAUUUAUUCUCCCAGUCAAAACAGAGUAUUAAAGUAUUUUCAUCUGAUUUAAGACUGAGACUUUAGAUAAUGGGAGUCUUUAAACAUCUUGUUAGUUAAAAAAUAGGAACUUUGGGACAUUUAACUUCUUCAAUAAACUUGACAAUGAGCUCCAAUAUAAGCAACUAAACAGUUUACCUUCAGAUGUGAAUUUAACAGUUAUUCAUGUCAUUCUGAAAUGUAAAUGCAAAUAUUUUAAGUUCCACAACCAUACAUGUGGAAAUAUUACAGAAGAAUAUUCCAGCUAUACUUUACAGAUAUAGAAUGUUUUUGUUUGUCUUUAUGUUAUUUGCAGAUGUUCAUGUUGCAGCUUAAUGUAGCUUCCAGAUUAGCUACACAAAUAUUUCAAACAAACAUGUUCAAACUGAUUUGAUUAAAACAAAAUAUCUAUAAUCAUUAUUACAUCUGUUAAAAUCAUGUGUGUAGCAAUCAGUUAUUUUUCUUUUGAUACGUAUGAACAACUGUAGAAUAAGCUUUUGGUUGAUUUUGUAUUUUUAAGAGCAGUACUCUUCACUCCUUAUAGUCUCCUUAUGAAGUAACUGAUGUAACAAACUGAGCUGUUAACUGACUAGUAAAUGUAGCCUCUCCCCUUGUCACCUUCUUCACUGACACUUUUCUCUUUGCUACUGGCUUUGCUGGAGUCUGCAGCCAGUUAACAGAUGAGCUGCUUAUAAUUCGCUAAAUGCUUUUAGAAAACAGUGUUAGUUGAGUUUGGGCUGAAGCCUCAAGCAGCUACUUAAUCUGCUUAUGCCUUGGGCCGGCUCAGCAUCCCUUUGCACUUAUAUUUUUACAGUAUUAAGAGAUUAUUUUGUAAUUUGUUUUAGAAUUUUAUUAUUUUUUGCUCAACUA